GAGUUUGCGUAUUUGUUUCCUUUCACACUGGCCUUAAAGAGGAUAUAUUAGAAGUUGAAGUAGGAAGGGAGCCAGGGAGGCCGAUGGCGCAAAGGUACGAUGAUCUACCCCAUUACGGGGGCAUGGAUGGAGUAGGCAUCCCCUCCACGAUGUACGGGGACCCGCAUGCGGCCAGAUCCAUGCAACCGGUCCACCACCUGAACCAUGGGCCUCCUCUGCACUCUCAUCAGUACCCGCACACAGCUCACACCAACGCCAUGGCCCCCAGCAUGGGUUCCUCCGUCAAUGACGCUUUAAAGAGAGAUAAAGAUGCCAUUUAUGGACACCCCCUCUUCCCUCUCUUAGCACUGAUUUUUGAGAAAUGUGAAUUAGCUACUUGUACCCCCCGAGAGCCAGGGGUGGCGGGCGGGGACGUCUGCUCGUCAGAGUCAUUCAAUGAAGAUAUAGCCGUGUUCGCCAAACAGAUUCGUGCAGAAAAACCUCUAUUUUCUUCUAAUCCAGAACUGGAUAACUUGAUGAUUCAAGCCAUACAAGUAUUAAGGUUUCAUCUGUUGGAAUUAGAGAAGGUACACGAAUUAUGUGACAAUUUCUGCCACCGGUAUAUUAGCUGUUUGAAAGGGAAAAUGCCUAUCGAUUUGGUGAUAGACGAUAGAGAAGGAGGAUCAAAAUCAGACAGUGAAGAUAUAACAAGAUCAGCAAAUCUAACUGACCAGUCCCCACCCUCUUGGAACAGAGAUCACGAUGACACAGCGUCAACCCGUUCGGGAGGCACCCCGGGCCCCUCCAGCGGUGGCCACACAUCACACAGCGGGGAUAACAGCAGUGAGCAAGGUGAUGGCUUGGACAACAGUGUAGCUUCCCCCAGCACAGGUGACGAUGAUGAUCCAGAUAAGGACAAAAAGCGUCACAAAAAGCGUGGCAUCUUUCCCAAAGUAGCCACAAAUAUCAUGAGGGCGUGGCUGUUCCAGCAUCUAACACACCCUUACCCUUCUGAAGAACAGAAAAAGCAGUUGGCACAAGACACGGGACUCACCAUCCUUCAAGUGAACAAUUGGUUUAUAAAUGCCCGGAGAAGAAUAGUGCAGCCCAUGAUAGACCAGUCCAACCGAGCAGUAAGUCAAGGAACACCUUAUAACCCCGAUGGACAGCCAAUGGGAGGUUUCGUAAUGGACGGUCAGCAACACAUGGGCAUCAGGGCACCAGGGCUGCAAAGUAUGCCAGGGGAAUAUGUAGCCCGGGGUGGUCCAAUGGGUGUGAGUAUGGGACAGCCAAGUUAUACCCAACCCCAGAUGCCCCCCCAUCCUGCUCAGCUGCGUCAUGGGCCCCCCAUGCAUACGUACAUUCCUGGACACCCUCACCACCCAACAGUGAUGAUGCAUGGAGGACCGCCCCACCCUGGAAUGCCAAUGUCAGCAUCAAGCCCCACGGUUCUUAAUACAGGAGACCCAACAAUGAGUGGACAAGUCAUGGACAUUCAUGCUCAGUAGCUUAAGGGAAUAUGCAUUGUCUGCAAUGGUGACUGAUUUCAAAUCAUGUUUUUUCUGCAAUGACUGUGGAGUUCCAUUCUUGGCAUCUACUUUGGACCAAGGAGCAUCCCUAAUUCUUCAUAGGGACUCUUAAAAAGCAGGAAAUACCAACUGAAGUCAAUUUGGGGGACAUGCUAAAUAACUAUAUAAGACAUUAAGAGAACAAAGAGUGAAAUAUUGUAAAUGCUAUUAUACUGUUAUCCAUAUUACGUUGUUUCUUAUAGAUUUUUUAAGAAAAAUGUGAAAUUUUUCCACACUAUGUGUGUUGUUUCCAUAGCUCUUCACUUCCUCCAGAAGCCUCCUUACAUUAAAAAGCCUUACAGUUAUCCUGCAAGGGACAGGAAGG